UUGUGCUGCGCUUGAUUCACUUUGCUAAUUGAACUUUUUUGGUUUAGUCCUGGGCUACGACCCUCUGCUUUCGCCUCAGUUCGUCCAGUCCGAGAUCCCAACUGUGAGUCACACCACUGAGUGCACCUAAUCUUGAUCCAAUCCUGCUGGAAGUUACAGCUUUGGAUGAACCAUCACUAAUGUGAAUUAAUUAGCCUGAUCUUUCACUUCCAACCGUCCGAGCUGGCCGCAAGCAGGCGGUCGAGAUCAUCGAGCAGCGUGAUGACCGCCUCCUAGUGAUCGUUGGGCCAUGCUCCAUCCAUGACCCCGAAACAGCACUCGAAUAUGCCAACCGCCUCAAGGAGCUCUCUGCUCGUCUGUCCUCCGACCUCUGCGUCAUCAUGCGCGCCUACCUCGAGAAGCCCCGCACAACGGUUGGAUGGAAGGGUCUGAUCAACGACCCAGACAUCGACGAGUCCUUCAACAUUAACAAGGGUCUCCGCGUGUCCCGUAAACUCUAUGCCGAUCUCACAGGCUUGGGUAUGCCCAUUGCUAGCGAGAUGCUCGACACCAUUUCGCCCCAGUACCUCGCCGAUUUGAUCUCCCUCGGUGCCAUUGGUGCCCGCACAACCGAGUCCCAAUUGCACCGUGAGCUUGCCUCCGGUCUCAGUUUCCCCAUCGGCUACAAGAACGGCACAGACGGCAACCUCACUGUCGCUAUUGACGCCAUUGGUGCCGCCGCUCACCCCCACCGCUUCCUUGGUGUCACCAAGCAGGGUCUCGCAUCCAUCACCAAGACCUCCGGUAACGAGCACGGUUUCGUGAUCCUGCGCGGAGGAAGCAAGGGUACAAACUACGACCGUCAAAGCAUCCAGGGCGCUCGCGACGCUCUGAGAGGGAAGAAGCAGCGCGAAGUCGUCAUGGUCGACUGCUCGCACGGUAACUCCAACAAGAACCAUCGCAACCAGCCCCUCGUCGCUAAGGAGGUUGGCGACCAGCUCCGUGAGGGCCAGGAUGCCAUCAUUGGUGUUAUGAUUGAAUCCAACAUCAACGAGGGUAACCAGAAGGUUCCUGCCGAGGGUCCUUCCGGACUCAAGAAGGGUGUCAGUAUCACUGAUGCCUGCAUUGACUGGGAAAGCACCGUCAGUGUGUUGGAAGACCUCGCCGAUGCAGUCCGUGCUAGACGGGCCGCGAAGUCAAAAGCCAAUGGCGUAUCUGCGUAAUAAAUAUAGUAGCUUCGGUUGAAAGAUUUCGGACUGCUUCCUACAUCUCUUUUCGGACAAUUUGGCAUAAUUUUGAGUUAGAUACCAGAGCCAGCCAGUUUUAGCAUGACCUGUACGUAUCCACGUGUCUGUUGAUGCCACAAAAGUUUAAACUCUUCGGCUCAAAAAUGAAUGAUGAUUGAUUCAACUGCCUUGGUUUUGUUGCCUGUAUUGUUACUGGUCACAUGGUCUACUAUAAAGUGAGCUUGUUGAAAGGGAAGUAACUUCCACAAACACCGGG